AUGGCGCAAAGCCAUAACUUGCUUCAAAAUUGUCGAAUCUUACCAAAUUUGGUAUUAAACGAUUCCUCUCAUCGAGCUAAAGAGAAUGGUACCAAUAUUGGUGAGGGCCAGAAAUUUUUCAGCAAGUUCUGGCUUUGCGCCGUUAUUGCCGCGCGCCGAUGUACCCUCAUUUUUUUAUCAAUUUUUAAGACUAACUGUACUAACAUGGAGAAUUGUAACAACCUAACCAGAUUCAAAAAAUAUUGUCUCGAUCAACUUGACUACAUUUACGCGGCUUGGAACGCUUUAAGUUCAUAUUCAGAAAAACUUGAACUAAAAAAUAAAAAUUUGGAGGAAGAAAAGAAAACUUGGGAGGAAGAAAAGAAAAUUUUAGAGGAAGAAAACAAAGUUUUGAAAGAAGAAAAUAACAUUUUAAAAGAAGAAAAGAAUUUGGCGUACAAAAAACUCGAAGAAAUGACUCAAGUGCUCAACACAUUUAUUAAUCAAAACGUCAAGCAGCGCAACAUUUUUGAAGAAAUUGAAAGUCCAGAAAAUGUACGGAGGUUUCUUUAG